GGCGGCGGGCGCUCCCGGGGCGCCGCGCCCGACCCGGCCCGGCCCCUGGCCAGCCAGCGCGCCCUCGGAGCCCUCCACCCAGUCCCUCCAUGUCCGUAUCCAGCAAGCAUUUCUCUCAUCAUGAGUUCUGAGUUAAACGUUCCGGUGGAUCCUUCCACUCCUGCUUGCUGCUCUGAACCUGGCACAAAAGGUAUGGAUUAUCGGGACUGGGUCCGGCGCAGCUAUCUGGAACUGGUCACGUCAAACCACCACUCCGUUCAAGCCCUUUCGUGGAGAAAAUUGUACCUGAGCCGAGCCAAACUGAAAGCUUCCAGCAGAACCUCUGCUCUGCUCUCUGGAUUUGCAAUGGUUGCCAUGGUGGAGGUGCAGCUGGAGGUACAGUACAAGUACCCCCAGAUGCUGCUGAUCGCUUUCAGUGCCUGCACAACAGUGCUCGUGGCAGUUCAUCUCUUUGCCCUUCUCAUCAGCACCUGCAUUCUGCCUAACGUGGAAGCCGUGAGCAACAUCCACAACCUGAACUCCAUCAGCGAGUCCCCACAUGAGCGCAUGCAUCCCUACAUCGAGCUGGCGUGGGGCUUCUCCACCGUCUUGGGGAUCCUCCUUUUCCUUGCGGAAGUCGUGCUUCUGUGCUGGAUAAAAUUUCUGCCGGUGGGCUCCAUCCUGAAAAACGAGACCACCAACGUCGAGAAGCCCAGCGGCCAUGCGGGUUGGCAGUCCGCGCUGGUCUCCACCAUCAUCAUGGUCCCAGUGGGUCUGAUUUUUGUCGUCUUCACCAUUCACUUCUACCGCUCGUUGGUGCGGCACAAAACGGAGCGCCACAACCGAGAGAUUGAAGAGCUUCACAAACUGAAAGUGCAGUUAGACGGGCAUGACAGAGGCAUGCAGGUAGUGUGACAGAGAGGCAGAGGCUGCUUCCAGCAAAUCCGCUCCGCUAAGGCUAAGAGCAAAAUACCUGUUUUGCUAGUUGGUGAGACGCACCAGCGAUGGAUCGUCUUGAGGCUUAAAUAUGUAAACGCUAAUUGCCUGCCAUAUAUAGCUGUGGGUUCUAGUGCUGUUUCAGAUACCGGGGUCUCUGGCCUGUUUCUGGUCCUACACACUUACGUACUUAAGUCGACACUGCCACGGAGUUCAAGGUCAAAACUUUAUCUACCUUAACAUUGGUUCAGGCAGCCAAAAAUCUGUAUUUUUUACAAAUGCAAUAUUCUGUUGCCAAAAGUAAAACUGCAUCAGCUGUCCAAAACGCCAGUGUGUGUGUAGGACCUGUCUUGUGUGUCAGAACUCCCUGGCUGUCAGUGCAGCAGCAGUUAACUGGCAGCUCGUUUCUAGAGCUGAGCUGGUUAAUGUGGGUAUCUGCAGCUGACUUGAGGACAUCCAGGAAAGCACAAUAGAAACUGUGAGUGUUGAUCACCUUUCUUCCAAAGCAAGUAUUCCAUAAAUACAUAACCAGAAAGAAAUCAGCCUUAGCUUUUAUGUUCUUUUCUUGCUAUUCCUUACUAUAUUUUUACAGCUGGGGAGGUAGAAUUUUGAAUUGCAGGAGGCUGGGAAGUUCUGUCGUACUUUUUUCAGCAGCAUGUGUCACUUUAGAUUGAAUGAAUGCCAAGAUCAUGUGUUUUUUCCCAAUAAGAGGCAAGAGUGCCCAGGGAAGCCUUACAGGUGUUUUAGUUUUAACAAGGACAUUCUUAAAACAGAACAGUGAUGGGGAAUUUAAUGAGACAAAACUUUGAAGGACUAGAAAAGCAAGUUUCAAGGAGGUAAGGAGUGACAGCAUAUAGCAUACUGUAGAAAUCUGUCACUAUGUCAUCUUCAUUUAUGUAUUGUUGCGAUGUCUUUUGCCUGGUUUGCUGGAGAGAACAAGCCCCAGUCCUGCAUAUUUCAUCAGUUGUUUGGGUUUUUUUGUCAGCUGUAGCAUUUGUCUGUCAAAAAUGAAUGCUUCCUUCUCCCUCCACCAAAGCAGGCAACUCCUCUGGUGGAACCCAGAGCUGUACUGGCGAGUCUGAUGGAGCUGGAUCCAGCGGGAGAGCUGUGUGCCAUUAAAGAGCUAUCACGUUUCAUUUGAGCUGACGGUUUUUUUCAGCAGCAGAGAAAAUGACACUUGCACGUCUGCAUUACUUAGCAAGGGAAGCUUGUAAAUUCUAUAGCGUCCUUGUGGGUGAAAACUUCUGUAAAAAUGAUUUUAUGAUUUAUGGUAACUUUGUGGAGGGAAAACAGUGUUUUGCAAUCAUUGGCUCUUUUAAGGGAAGGUAAGGCUUUCUGCCACGCAGGGCUGAAAGAAGCAUAAGCACGUUUUCUUGGCCCUGAUCCUGUGCUAAUUUCCUGCUCUGCACUCAAACAUUGCCAUUUCAGAGUCUCCCAAGCCUUACAGGUUUCUGAAAUCAUUAAGGAUGUUUGUCAUUUCUAUUUAACCCUGCUCCCUUAUUCCACUGGGAUUUGAGAAAUCUGAUGGCAGUGUAUUACAUGUCAGCUUCCCAGAAUGGAGAGUACACACAAAUCCCAGCGCAGCAGGGUGAGACUAUCCCUAUAUUCCUCUCUGGCGAGGGCCUUGGGAACCCAGCUCUAACCUCUCUUGUUUACAUGUGAGUUUGAGCGUUGCUGAACAAGUUGCUUAGCACUGUGUCUGUGGCUUUCAUCUGUUGUUCUUGCUGCAGUUGGCAUGUACCAUAUUGGCUGAUGCGCAGCAGAGAAAAUAGUCUUUGUGUGCUAAAUGACUAGUCUGUACUUAACGCACGUAUGCAAAAAAGGAGUGUCCUCCAGGAAGUGGGUGGUCGUGAAAUUCAUACGGUCUCCCCAGGAGUCUGCCCUCUCCCCCUCCUCUUUUUACCGUAAUAAAAAUUAAAGGUUUAUACAACAAAAUCAGAGUUGAGUUUUCUGCCAAGUAUUACACAUGUAAGCUCUUCUACCAACAAAAUUUCUAUUGUGAGGCCAGAGCCAGACCAGAUAGGAUGAAUCUCCCAUCUGUACUUUGCACUCUCCUUUAACAUCAGUAAUAAUAGGACUCUGUGUGCUGUGGAGCUCAGGAGGUUGUCGAGGAAAGGAUUGAGCCAUUUUUGCAAUUCAAAAAAAAAGUUUCACAGUGUGCAUACAAUGCUGCAAAAAAAAGGCAGCUCAUUUGGAAACAGCCAAAUCGUUCAUUUAAUUCUUUGCAAAUAUAAUAAACUUCAGCAAGUGGAGAAAUGCAGCAGAAACUGUGCUUUGAUUUUGUAGAAUAACCUGGUGAGGCUUUGGUGGGAUUGGAUUCAAGGUCUCAAGGCAGCGCAUCUGUGACUGAGUGGGAUCACCUUACUCCAGCGGGGAGUCUGAGGUACGGUGGUGUCCCAAGGGCGAAUGCACUUAAAACAGAAUAAUAAUGUGCUUUCCCAUCUUUGCUUGCAGCUUUGUUUCUUGUGUCUGUCUGGGCACUGAAUUCCCCCUUCCAUGAGAAGCCCAUGGGAGUAUUUUUGCUCUUUGACUCUGGCGUCUGGGAUCUCUCUAGGUUACCCAUCACCUUUGUGCUGUAACUCCUCUCCUUCUUUCCCAACAACAGCAUUUGCUUUCCUUGCUCCUGCCUCUCUUCCUCCAACUUGUUUACAUUUUCACCGUUGUUGGGUCCGGACUUGUGUUGCGGAAAGAUUGCCUGUGGUAUCAGCCAUGGUAGUUCAUCCGUAAAGGAGCAGGGACAUUGUACUUGUCCAGAUGGGUGUUCCUGUGCUACAGUGCCAGAAAAUCCUCCUUGCAUCUGCUGCUGCCCCCGUGGCUGUCAGCAGGAUUCCCAUCAGUCAAGCGUGCAGAUGCCUGCCUUUCCACACCGUCGCUGGUGUCCCAGCGGGGCUGGCAGUGCCCUGUGUCACGUCCGGGUUUGCCUGCCGGUGCCUGGCCACGUCUGUCCUGUGCUGUCACCUCUCCGUCAUUCCUGGGGUGUCCCAGGUUUUGUGUGGCUCCGUUCCUGCGGUGCCUGCACAGAGAUGCUUCUCCCAAGGGUCCCACCCUCGGGCUGGGGACAUGCGUCGAGGAUCUCCCCUGACGUGUGUGUUAGCUUUCUGUACCA